CAAGCCACGCCUUCGCGGGUGUGCAAUAAGUCUUUCCUGCUGAGCCCUCUUUGCGUUCCUUUUCAGAAGACGACAACUUCUACGACACACUAAUCGAGCAGUCGGAAAUGAUGGCCGUCGUCCAAGUGGUGUGGGGAGGUCCGAGGGUUGGACCGUCCUCGCCGCCCCUAGAUGAGUGACGCGCGGAGCGGCGGUCAGUGCCGCUGUCAGGGCGCCAGGCCCUUCAAGAAGAGGGACUUCGUGCCGCGACGAAAGAGUCCCGAAAGCGCGUCGCCUGCCGAAAUAACUUUGCUUUCCUUUGGCGGCUGUUUGUCGCUGCCGUCCCCGCUCGACGGCGAGCUCGAGUCGAGCGGCUCUUCGGUCGUCAUGAUGGACAUCUACGAGGACGGCAAGACGGAGCUCAACACGCCGGUCCCCAGUCCGGCGCCCUACCAGCGCGCCGCCACCGCAGCUCUGCCGGUGGACUACGGUGACAUGUUCCCGGACGAGGACUGCACCCCGGGCGCACCAAAGGAGACCGUGGUCCAGAAACCCAUGCUCUACCCGGAGGUGGAGCUGCUGGCGCAGUUCCCGAGGGGCCCGCUGGCGCGAAAGCGCACCGCCCUCGCGCUCAACCCCGCGUCCACCAAGGACUCCGAAUGGAUGCCCGCCCUGGAGAACGUGCGCUGUCUCUUGGAUCAGAACGCCAAUCACCUCGAGACCAGAGACGACGCGGUCCCCAGCCUGCCCGAGGCCCCGGAUCCGCCAGAGCCCCCGUCUCCCGACAAGGGCCAGGCCGACAUCAUCGUGGAGCAAGAUCAGGUCUCCAGCCACGCGAGCCGACGACCCGUGAUCAUCCGUGGCCCACAUCGGCCAAGGGCGCCGAAGUACACGCAGCUCGCCUCCCCGGACACCACCACCUCAUAUCAGCAGCAGCAGCACCACCACAAUCACUACGACCAUCCCCAGAAACCCCCGCUGCAGCCGGCCUACAGUCCGCUGCAGCGGGCCAUUCACGGUGCUGGGGCCGGGGCCCCCGCCGGCGCCGGUGCCGCCGCCCCUGGGACCGCCGCCGCCGCCGGGGCACAGGUCAUGACCAUCGUGGCGGGCCGGACCUUCUUGCCGCCUGAGCCGCCGGAGCUGGCCCCGGAGCCACCGGCCUCCAGGAGGAACCCCGAGCCCAUCACCAUCACGACCAGGUGCGGGGCCGGGGGCAGCAUCGUGCACUUCUCGCAGGACCAGGGCGCGCCGGGCGCCAAUUACGCCGCAGUUCCGCGGGGCCGCGGUCGAGGCCGGGGUGCGACGCGACCCCCCCGCGGCCGCGGAAGGGGCCGCGGGACCGCCGUCGGGCGCGGGGCGGAGGCCUGGCACUGGCCGCACGCCCCCGUCACCCUGCCGCGGCCGCUGCCGGGCUGGAACGAGCACACCGCGGCCGCGGUCGGCUGUGCCAUGCCGUGCCAACAGCAGGAGUGGCAGCAGUUUGGACAGUGGCAACAGCAGCAUCACCAACAUCAACAGCAGCAGCCACAGCCACAGCAGCAGCUGCAGCAUCAUCACCAUCAGCAGCAGCACCAGCAGCAGCGGGAACACGCUCGGAUGCAGCCACAACCGAUGCAAUACUCAUCGAAUCCACUUCUGCACCAUAUUCAUCAGCAACAGCGACAGAUUCAGCAGCAGCUCCAACACCACGACCUUGUUCAGCAGCAGCCCGCCUGGCACACGUGGCACCGGCCGCAGCCGGAGAUGCCCGUCAGCCAGAUGCCCGCCGAGCCCCAGCAGACGCGGGCGCAGCCGCAGCGGCAGCUGCGCCCGACGGUGACGGUGCACUGGGGCAGUGGCGUCGGCGGCGGUGAGGGGCCCGCCCCCUGCGCGGUACCACCGUGGCCGGUGACCCAAUUUAUAGCACUAUGUUUGAGAGAUGAGCAGUAA